AAAGAGCGUGUUCCAAACAAAAAACAAAACAAAAAAGACUUCCGCAAAGCGUCUUCAACUUAUUGCGAAAACCUAUAUUUAAAAUUUGACUAAAUCACCACCAGUGAUCGUAAAAAGUCUAAAUAGUGCCUGUACCAUGAGUGAAGAAGACGAGCGAACGCUUUGGUGCGGAAAUCUUUCAGAAAAGGUUACAGAGGAAAUGCUGUAUGAACUUUUCUUGCAGGCCGGUCCAGUCGAGAUGGUCAAAAUCCCGCGGGAUCCCCAGAAUCCAAAACGGCAACGAUCUUAUGCCUUCAUUACGUACGCUCAUAGCGCUUCGAUUGAGUACGCCAUUAACAUAUACGAGGGCACAAAACUGUUCCAGCGCCCGCUGACGUUGCACAGGAAGAGCAGAAAUGGUCCCAAUCAGGGUGCAUCGCCCCGGGUUAACAAUAACGGAACACCAAAUCAAAAUCGAGGCCCCCACCAACAACACAAUCAAUCUCCGAACCAACAGCAGCAGCAGAGUCCCGGGGGGUACAAUGGUAGCCUGCAGCUGGAUCAGAACCAAUUCGGAGGUGGCUUUAAUCAGGCCAUGUUCAACCAAAUGCUAGCGAGCCUGCAGGGAAUGCGGGACACGAAUAUGCAAAUGAUGGGCCAAUUGCCACAGGGCCAUCAUCAGAACAAAAUGAACCGAUCGCAUCAGGGCCAGCAGCAACAGCAGCAGCAGAAGCCCUACUCCAGGGGGGAUCGUAACUCCGCAGGGGAUGAAGGGUUCUCGAGGGACCGAGGACGAGGAGGCCCGAAUCGGGGAGGUGGUGGUGGAGCUAAUCAUCGGAGAAACGAUUAUCGUGGCCGGCGAUAGAUGGGACUUGGGUUAAUAGUUUAAAUUUUCUUUACCGGAAAAAAAUUACAAAUCUUUAAUUUUGAGAAUGAAUAACUUAAACUUAACUUCUUGAAAAAGACUCUGUCUACCAAGAAAUUCUUUCAAUUUUAAGAAUCUUUUUUCUGUAGUUCAAGAACAUAAAUCUACAUACGAAGUUUGUAAAACUAGACACCGGAAGAUAGGAUUCAGAUUUCGAGUUCUAUAAAUAAAUAUAAAAUAUAUUGAGCAGUUCUUUGU